AGUGAGCAGCUAUUAAUGAUAACUUUUGCUACUUCAGUUUAUUAGGACUCUAACAUGAACAUACUAGAGCACAAGCUAGAAGAAAACAUAGAAAUAGUGCGAAUCCUCGCCAAGCCCCAGCGUAAAGUAAGACAACAUGGCCUCCUCUUCAAGUACAAGACCCCGGACAAGCCGAACAAAGUGCAGGACUACCGAGCCAAGUCUUUCCAGACAGUAACGGAAGUGUGUGUGGAAGUGGGCAGUGUGCCAAAGAACACGGUUAUAGUGAAGUGUAAGGAGGGAUGUCUACAUCCUAUUGUAGCGUUUGGGUUGUGUACGGAGUGUGGCAAGGAUCUGAAGGAUGACGAAACUAUCAGUUCUGAGAGGAGUGUUUCUAUGCUGCAUGCUAUUCCACAGGUAUCAGUAAGCGUAUCAGAAGCGUCUGCCCUGGGAAUGUCAGAUAUCCUCCACCAGCUGAAGAGGAAGAAGCUGACCCUGGUGGUGGAUCUGGACCAGACCAUCAUACACACUUCCACUACUGAUAACAUUCCGGAGGGAAUUCCGGGCGUGUUUCACUUUUAUCUUUCUAACAAGAAAUUCAGAUACUCCACCAGACUGAGACCAGGAACGUUGGAGUUCCUGAAGGACAUGAGCAGAUUGUACGAGCUGCACGUGUUCACAAUGGGAGCACGUGACUACGCUGACACUAUCACUUCUUACAUUGACCCUGACAGAAAAAUAUUUUCCUCGCGGAUCCUAUCACGUGACGAGUGUUUUGAUAACCACUCCAAAGUACACAAGUUACAGGCUCUGUUCCCUAAAGGGGACCGGAUGGUGGUUAUUAUAGACGAUAGGUUUGAUAUGUGGACUAACUGUCCUAAUCUUAUCAGAGUCAGACCUUACAGCUUCUUUGAGGAUGUAGGGGAUAUCAAUGAUCCAAAUUCUCGACAUUCUAAACUUCGGAAGGACUCAGCCCAGGGCUACUCAGAGAUAGCCCAAUUCAAGAAAAAUAAACCUCUGGACAUUGAGCAGACAUCUUUCUGUGUCAGGACAGCGCACAGCAACAUAAAGUGUGUCGAACACGUGCCCUUGCUCAAGAACGGAUCAGUAGAUUACAGUAAAGUCUUCCAAAUCCUCAAAUCUCUCUUGCUGGAUGGUAACUUUGAGUUGGCCCUCCUUCAUGUUCAGAGAGUAUCAGAUAAACUGUCGAGACCGGAUAGCGGACAAUCGAGCUCAGAGCCAGAGGAAGUGCAUUCAAUUUUAGACACACAAGAACUUAAGAAUGAAUUAGCAGAAGCCAUGGACACUGAAGAGUCAUCAGAGACCACUGAAGAAUCAUCGGCCAACACAGAAGAAGCAACCGCUUCUAAUAAUACAUCAUCCAAACGAGUAAAAUUUUCAGAGAACUCAAGCCAUGAAUCAUCAGAAAAUGAGCAUGAACCAAUAAUAUCAACAUUAUGCAAACACAAGGAUCAUGUCAAGGGUCUGUCCGAGUUCUACAUGAAGUUUGUGGAGGGAGGUCCAGAGCGGCAGAAGGAGAGAGAUGUUAUCAGGAUGUCUUCUCCUCUGUUUAAACUUUACAGUGGCAAAGCUGAGACCGAUCAGGAUAGAUACCUGGACACAUUAGGUGGUCUCUUGACAAAGAUCCACGAUAUGUUUUAUGAGAACUACACAGAAACUCUAGACGUGGAGAAGCUCCCGGACACUAAAACCAUCCUGCCACAGCUCAGAGAGGUUCUGUCAGAUAGUUACAUUGUGUUCAGUGGUAUCAUUCCUACCAACUUUCCUAACCCACGGAACCAUCCUAUCUGGUGUGCUGCUCUUCAGAUGGGAGCGUCAGUGAGUAUGACAUUAGUAAAGUCCGGAACUAAGCGGACGACCCAUCUGGUCACCUCCAGGAGUGACACGGGGAAGGUACACCAGGCUCUCAAGAUGGGGAUCAAGAUUGUCACUGAUCAGUGGUUGUGGAGAUGUUUUGAGGUGUGGGAGAACUACCCCACUACGACGUUUGAAUGGCAAGGUUUGACCGGAGGAAAGAGAUCAAAGUCCCGGAGUCCGGAGCCUAUGUUAGCGGAACUAAAGACAGAACUAAAGGCUUCCCUUGGAGAAGGGGUACUGGAAGCUAUGACUAGUGAGGUGGAUGAUAUCCUGGCUAACGGAUCUGAGUCCGACUAUUCCUCCCCCACCGACUCGGAAGACUCCUCAGAAGCAGAGUCUAUGGAGAGCAAUGAACUGACAGGACCGCCAGCAGAGGACCCCACCCUACCUACUAGGAAGAGGAGUAGAAGUGAGGUGGAUGCGGAGGAGGAGGAGGAACUUCUGGGGGACCGAGAUGAAGGGGAGCAGGACGGAUAUGGAUCUGAUAACUCGCUGGAAGGAGAACUGAUGGAUGAAUUAGAGGCAGAGUUCACAGACCAACUAGAUGAAGCAGCGGAGGGGGACAACUGGAAGUGUACCACUGAUACUUGAGGUCUGGUUACCAGGCUACCAGGCUACCAGGUUACCAGGUUACCAUGGUGUUCAAAUCAGUCUGAUUCUGAUUUUUGUAUGUGACAAUUUGCCAGUUUAUUGGAGAUGGAAAACCUUUGGUUGUAACAAAGAUGCCUUUUAAUGAAGUUCGGAUAUAUCAUGUUGAAUUUUUGUCACUAUUUCUUAAUUUAGAAAUAUUAUUGCAACAAGAUAAGUUUAAUAACUUGUGUUAAGGUAUAAUAUUUACUCUUAAUAUUUUAAUUAUUUGAUUUUUGAACUCCUUCUCGUGACAGUUUAUGAAUUAUACCGUGUGUUCAAGAGUAUAAAUAUUUUAUAAUAUUAUCAUAAUUUAUUCACUUUUGA